AUGGCUCUUGGUGUAAGAUACAGGGCUGGACUGGCGCAGUUCAACCAAAGGUCAAUUGAGUUGAGCAAGCCGCCGGGGAACCUAAAACCGAAGCUCUCAAGGAAACGAGCAGAGAGGGACAUGUUAGCAUCUGAGACCUACAGCAAGGGGGGCGGGACGGGCAAGGCUAAACUUCUAAAGGCUUCGAAGGAGGUGGAGGAAGAAGAGCGCAUGCUUCCAAUUCUUGUCUCGUCCAUCGGUACCGUCGCAAGCCCGAGGGUCAAAAAAUGGGGACGCAUGGGAGGGUCCAACCCAGGCUUUGCCAGGAUGAGCAUGGGUGGGAACUUGGGAAGACCUCUGGGUUCUGAGCCCAACUUUGGUUUCGACAUUACAAUUCUUGACAGCGGCUGGCUGCUGACAACGAGCUCCUCCUCCUCCUCCUCCUCCCCAACAAAAUUUCUUAGGGCCAGGGCUGUUAGUGUAAACCAAGGGAUGAUGUCAGCUUCCUACGGAGGCACGGCGAGCCGAACGCAUGGUAAGUUGGGGGAACGCAUGGCAAUGCGUGCGAGCUAUGAUCGGAGUGGUGUACCCGACAAGCUCAUUCGUCAACACAGGCUUGGCCAGUGCGCUACCGGACCGUCCGGCCACGUUCAGCCUCGAACUGUUCUAGUCUCGCUGCAAGCACGAGCUGCAGGUUUCGAGAAGGCCGUCCGGAAUUUGUCCCGGCUGGCAAGCUCUUCAUCGGACGAGACGGUACACUUCUCAAGCGCGCUGGCUCUGAUGGAGGCGCAGCGUGCCCAGCAGCAAGGCUUGACAGCCAUUUACCUUCCCACCCAUUUCAUUCCCCGUGUCAGCUGGGUACGGUGUGCCAGAACGUUGUUUCUCACGAUCGACAGUCAUCGACUCCGAACACCUCCCGUCAACGACUUUUACGGUUCUUUCGAACUACCCGUACUUCUCACUAGGGCACGCCCGAUCCGAUCCAGCGUUGGAACUUUCGAUGAGCAAGGCUUUCCGCAGUUCAUUGUGUAA